AUGGCAGCCUAUCUACCCUCCUACGGUCGUCCCCAAGGUGCCUAUGCGCCCAGUGGUGACUGGACUGUCAAAGACCCGGCGCAGGCGCUCCAAGUCUUCCUCAUGGUCGAUCCCGCUGCUCGACGCUCCCGAACUGGAGCCGCAAACACCCCCAAGGACUCUCACUGGAUGCUGGCCUGGCAUGUAGGGACUACACUUUCGGGUCAUGAAGCUCACCGACGCUGCCAUCUGCGACAAGACCCCGGGGUUCCUCACCUGACGAACUGGGGAGUGCUCACUGGGGCUGUAGAAAGCCAUGAGCUGCAGAGGCUCGUCCGUGUGCCUUUGGCGAUCUUGGAGAAAGAUGCCCGCCUUAAGCUGGAGGCGAUUGCUAAUACCACGCAGGUCAGAGUUCCGGACGGUCGAUGGAACUGCCAGGACUGGUGCAUCGAGGUUCUGAACCAAGCGGCUAUGGCAAGGAUCUUCAGCCCCGCUGCCGUCCAGACCGCAAUCGCGAGAGCUCAACAGGUUCCUCUUCACGAUUAA